AUGGAGAUGGAGAUGGUCACUGUGCAUGAGUCCAAGGGGCAGUCUGAGUCGACUUGGACUGAUGGUAGGAAUCUUCUUGGAUCAGACAGAAAGAGUGGUUCUGGACUCAGUCGUGAUGCUGCGGACCUUGCUCGAGUCGGUAAAAAAGAUGUGCUCAAGCGUCGGUUCGGCUUGACAAGCAUCAUUGGCUUUACUUGCAGUCUGAUGUUGACAUGGGAAGCGAUAAUGAUGAAUCUCGGUGUGGGUCUUGAGAAUGGUGGCCCUGCUGGCUUAGUAUAUGGGUACAUUGGAGUUUGGAUUGGAUUCAUUAGUGUUUCCAUUGUCAUGGGAGAACUGGCGAGUAUGAUGCCGACACCUCUGAAAUUGUCGGUGGUGAAGGCUGGUGGACAGUAUCACUGGACGAGUAUCCUCGCGCCUCCGUCUGCUAAGCGCUUUGUGAGCUAUAUCACCGGAUGCAUCUGUAUUUUUGCUUGGACGGCUGGUCCAACAGCUGCCAUUUAUCUGGCUGGUAGUGUUCUUCAGAGCACGAUCGCAUCUAAUAAUCCCCAGUACGACCCCAAAGGAUGGCACGUCACUCUUAUGAUGUGGGCAAUUUUGGGUAUUUGUACCAUCAUGAACACUUGCUUGGGCAUGGUACUGCCGAUUGUUGAAGUCUUCAUUCUCAUCAUUCAUGUGUUUGGAUUCUUCGCAGUCCUAAUUCCUCUCUUGUACCUGGGACCCCGAGCCAAAGCAUCGGCUGUCUUCGCCACGUCAUAUGAACUUGGUGGAUGGAAUGAUGUUACCCUGGCCACAUUUAUUGGCAUGAAAGGAGCUGUUGCAGCUUUUCUUGGGACUGAUGGCGCCGUUCACAUGGCCGAAGAAGUCGCGAAUAGUAGUACCGCCGUACCCCAAUCAAUGCUAGCAGCAGUCUUGAUCAAUGGGGGAAUGGGAUUCGGAAUUAUGAUCGCCUUCUUAUUUACCGCUGGAGACAUCAGCACCAUCCUCAAGUCCGGCGCUGCAUACCCAUUCAUCAACAUUCUAGAAGAUGCCACUGGUAGUAAGAGUGCCGCCAUCACUCUUUCCAGUAUGGUUUCUGCCUUGCAAAUUUGCGCUGGACUCGCCGGUAUCUCAUCUGGCAGUCGCAUGUUGUGGGCUUUCUCCCGUGAGAAGGCGAUUCCGGGAUGGCAGUGGAUCAGCCAGGUUCAAACGCGAGUCGGCAUUCCAUUCCACAGUACUAUUGUCAUUGUGAUUGCUGCUGGUCUACUCGCCCUGAUCAACAUUGGAUCUUCGGUGGUACUGAACAUUAUCUUGUCUUUGGUACUCCAAGCAUUCUUCACUUCUUAUAUUAUCUCCCUUUCUAUGAUUCUCUAUCGAAGAUGGAAGGGAGAUAUUGCAGAGCCUGGUCCAAAUAUCCCUAGAGAAGUGAUGGUGUGGGGUCCUUUCCGGUUGAAGGGCUGGAUUGGGAUCGUUAACAAUAUCUUCGCUAUCAUUUUCUCAGUGAUUAUGAUGUUUUUUGGUUGCUGGCCGACAACAAAACACCCUUCGCCUAGCGAAGUCAACUAUAGUGUCGCUAUUUUUGUGGGAGUCAGUCUUCUCUGCAUGGCCUACUACUUUCUUCGGGCGCGGAAGUUGUAUAAGGGACCUGUGGUGGAAGUGGUGGAAGCAUAG